GCUGCUCAGCUGCAGGAUUGAUGUCAUGACAACUGAAUUCAGGACACACAGCGACAUGCCGCUGCUGCUCACCUCCGUCUGGCUCCUUUCAGCGCUAGGUGUGUCAGCUGUUGCCACGGACACCGUGGUGGGUGUGGCCGGGCAGGUGGUGAAGCUCCCAUGUCGGUUAGAGGAGGCAAGGCAGAGCGGAGUGGAGGUGUGCUGGGGCAGGGGGAAGCCAUCACUGUUUACCUGCCACAACACCUUGAUCAACGGCGCCGGGGGUCAGGUGACCUACCAACAGUCAGACAGGUUCUCGAUGUCCUCCUCCACCUCCGCUCUGAUCAUCUCUGGGUCUCGACUCUCAGAUGCUGGUUUCUAUCACUGCAGAGUUCAGCUGCCCGGACCCUUCAACGACCAAACAUUCACCAUCCACCUCAUCAUCGCCCGCCCUCGACCUGUGAUCUCCAAACAUCUGGGCCGUGAAGAUGAGGAGAAGCUCAACACACCAAACACCGUAACGAGUUUCAACACGCAUCAAAGAGGAAGUGAUGUCACAGGGGGUGCAGGAACAGAGCCAAUGGUAGCUCAGGUCCAGUCUCCUGUCCAGGAGGAGCCAGUGAACUCUCUGCAGACCUUUAUUGGAAGCACUCUGAGACUGGCCUUCAUCAUCUUCAUCCCUGCUGUGCUGUUGGCUGCUGGUUACAGAGUUUGGAGAUCUAACCGGGAAGCAGAGAGUAAAGGGAAGUCGGACCAAUCAGAGGAGGAGGAGAGCAGCUCCGUGUGAAGAUGAGCAAUCAUCAGAUCACUGUGAUCCCUGAACUUUAAGCAGCUUCUCCAAUGUUCCUCUUUCAGGAUUUAAAGUAGCUGUUUCUGCUGCUGACAGUCCUGUAGGGCCGAGUUGAUCUGAGCCUGUCUAUCUCUACUAUUCAGUCUGUCAUGUAUUCAAUAGUCACUGUGGCUUGGCUAGGACAGCGUACUGGUUAAGGACAUGUAGUUUCUGUCCCCAGUAGUCAGCUGUUCUGCUAGGAAACAAAAGUUUUAUCCUGUCACGUCAAACUUUUUUUCUUUUUUUGCUUAAAAAAAUGAUGGCGAAUAGUACAUGUACAUAAUAUUCUUUUAUCCUUAUUUUAUUUUCUCAAAAGCUUAUACAUUUAAAUACUCUGCAUACUGUGAGUGUUGGAGACCAAGGUCUGUAAAGUUGUUCAGAGUCUAAAUAAACGUGGGAAAUCACGAA